CGUCCUCGCCCCUCAGUUCACUCUCAACUUGUUCAGAAGCAAACUCACAGCUCAGUUAACACAAUAUGCUCCCAAGAUCCAUAAUUGCUCGUUCUAACGUGCUUGCAACGAGACGUAUCAUUGCACGCCGGCCAGCCGGGUCCAUCCAGCGCUUUCAAUCUACGUCCUCUUCUUCUGGACCACCCUCAUACAAACGUUAUAUCCCGUAUCUCGUUGCUGGGCUGGCUAUCGGUGCAUGUUACAAUGUAGCGCAUUACGUUUGGUACUAUACGUCUGGUAUUCGAACUGUAGUACAGAAGUCGAGAGAGAUUAAAGACAUUCUCCGAUCCAAACGCGAAAAGAUCUUCAAACGGUCAUCGGACAACCAGGAAAUUGAUGAAUUGGCCGACGGCAAGAGUGCAGACGUGCAGAAAGUCGCAAAAGAAACAUCUGCAGAAGUGAUAGCCGUUCUUAGGGACAAGGGGAAGAAAGCGAAGGAGCUUGCGGAAAGCGCAAAAGCUGGAGCGGAAAAGCGAGCCAAAAAUUAAGAAGUUCAUACUCUCCGAUCGUCCUCAUCCCAUUUGGUGAUCUAUGCUGUCAUAUCCGCGGCGAUCGUGUUUUGCAGCGUUGAAUUUUUACUCACAACUCUUACUUACGUCCAGUAUAAAUCCCUGAUAUGAUAUUUAAAGAUAACUCCGGUGCCCGAUCAUGGAAAUGCAUUACUAUACAGUACGUUAUGAGGAUUCGGCUCAAUAUACACAAGUACAUUGCAGGAAGAGAAGAUCGUUCUGGUGAGAAUACAUAAGUCCAGAUCAGCAACAAAAAUAACAGAUGAGUCUAUACGGGUCCGUAGAGCAGAAAACAACAAUGAGAAAAGGAAAUAUGUGCGGUGAUGCAGUGAGGAAGCGCCAACGGCCUCAAUAUUUUGUUGCCUUGUUGGCGGAUACAAAGCAGCGCAGUCAUAAGCAUGGACCAUUAUUAACGUCAAGUAAUUAGGAAGCUCUAAUCCUCCCCUCUUGACAAUUUAGGGUCACAACGCGGAGAGCUGGUGCCGCCGCAGCCACCAGUCUCUUUCGUGCCCUGGCUCGAUCCAUGACUACCGGAAAGUCCACCAUUGCCGUUAUUAUUGCCUUUGUUUUGGUCUAGCGGCAAUGUGUUGACAGUUGCGAACAGCGACAUUAAGAAGAG